CCUGGGGCAGCAUAGGGCUCGCUACACCACCCUCAGGUGCAGCCUCGCAGCACCUCGUCACGGCUGCCCCACAGGAGAGCCAGCACACUCAUUUGGAAGUGGAACAUAAUAGGCGCCACCGACGCCAUCGACGCGAACAUUAGGCGCCACGGACGCCGUCGACGCAAAAUAAGAAAUGGCACACUUCCAGGAGAAGCUUUUUGACGCCUACGACGCGGCCGAGGAGGACUACGAGACCCACCUCGCCACGUAUGUCGAAGAGCUGUCCGCCAAGCGUUUUGAUACCGCAUUGGAAAGUUGUGACGGGAUGCUCGAGGCGUCGCCGAAGGACGCCGAGGCCGCUCUCUGCAGAGCAUUGGUCCACGCGUUGCGAGGUGAUGACGACGAGGAGGACGAUGACUACUGCACGCUCUGGCUGAAGCGGUGCGACCGGUGGCGCGUCGACGGCGAGGACUGCAUGGGCGUGCCGUGGGGCGAACGAGCACAGAGGGACUUCCCGCCGGCCAAGCUUAAACAAAGGCCAGCCUGGCAGAAGGCGAUUUUGGACCUCGACAGACCUGCUGCUUGUGAUGAUGCCCAGGCCGCAAGGCGCUUCCUGGCAAGAUGCGCAAGACGGCGCGACGCGGCGCCGGAGCCUCCACAAAUGCCUGUGGUGGAGAUCACGGAGUCGACGGCCGCCCAGACCGUCCUGGAUCACGUCGUCGACCACGGCGAGCUCCCCGAAGAAAUGGAAGAUGAUCGACCGCUCGUGACGGUGAGCCAGGGUUUAGAUGAAGAGACCUUCCAGACGUUGAAAGCGGCGUUGGUGAACCACCCUCGCUUACAAAACGCGGAUAGCGAAGCCCUGGGCGCGUCGUUUGCGGGCUCGUCGGGCUUCGUCGUGCGCUUCGACGGCUGGGGCGGCGUCGACGCGACGGCGAAGAAGCUCUGGGUGCGCUCGGAGACGCGGCCGCUCGUGCCCUUCUUCCGGCGGUGCGCUGAUAAAGAGUGCACGGGCUUCGUGCUGAACGUGCUCGUCGUCGCGCCGGCCGAGGACGAGGAGGAGGUUGUUGUAGAUGAAAACGCGCCCGAGGCCGUCAAGCUUUUAUUGAGAAAGAAGGCGGAGGAAUCAAUAGAUGAGCAGUACGCCGUGGGCUGGCACCGCGACGCGACGCUGGGCCUCAAGCCCGGCGCGGACGCGGCGCCGCCGCUCGCGCACCGCGUCUCCGUGCUGUACGUGGCGGUGCCGGAGGCGACGGGCGGCGAGCUGUGUCUGCGGAAUGCGGAUCGGCCGCCCUGGCGGUCCGAGCGCGGCGUGAUCGACCGCGAGGUCGCGCCGAAGCAGAACCGACUCGCGGUAUUCAGGGGCGACGCGGAGCACGCCGUACGACGGGUCACGAACGUGACCAAGGCGGACGCCAGCUUUCCCAAGGGCCACCGCGUGUCCCUCGUGCUCGAGCAGUAUCGGGUGCCGCCCGGUCUGCGGGAAUUCACGAUGCAUUUUGAGAUCGUCGAGGGGAAGGACUACGAACGAGUAAGUGACUAAGUUUAC